AUGCAGUCCAACCAUAUGAAAUGAAUCCUUCUCGUCUAUAAAUCUACAGAAAGCUUUAACCUUCUUAAGUAUCAAUUCUGGGUUUUGCUUUAAAUAAAUCUUUCUUUUGAGUUUUCUUCUGAGUGAGUGCUUAGAGGUCUGAAAAUCAACCAUGGGAGCUGAAAAUGGGACUAAGGAUGGAGAAGCGGUGGUGGUGGUGAAGGAGAACUCCAAGGUGAAGGUCGUCAACAAGGCCACCGUCGUCCCGAAGCUAGUGGGGAAGCGAGAAUGCCCUUUGGUCACAUUCGAUCUUCCCUACGUGACCUUCUUCUACAACCAGAAGCUGUUGGUGUACAAAGGGGCUGACUUUGCGGAGGCGGUGGAGAAACUGAAGGAGGGGUUAGCGGUAGUGCUGGAGGAGUUCUAUCCGUUGGCCGGAAAACUGGCAAAGGAUGAAGAAGGGGUUCUGAGGGUGGAGUGUGAUGAGGAGAACGUCGGGGUGGAGGUUGUGGAAGCGGUGGCGGAGGAGGUAGCGGUUGCAGAGCUAGAAGAAGAUGAAGCUCCGAGUUUAGUGCAGGAGAUCGUGCCCUACUCCGGUGUCCUGAACUUAGAGGGGCUUCAUCGUCCGUUGCUGGCCAUUCAGUUCACCAAGUUGAGAGAUGGAUUAGCCAUUGGGUGCGCAUUCAACCAUGCUGUGCUGGACGGUCAUUCCACGUGGCAUUUCAUGAGCUCCUGGGCUGAGAUCUGUCGUGGGGCCAAAUCCAUUUCGGUCCAGCCCUUCCACGACCGAACCAAAGCGAGAGACACCCGCGUGAAGCUGGAUCUACCGGCAUCCAUACCUUCCCUCGCCGAUAUGAGCCCGGGCCCACGGCUCCGGGAGCGGAUCUUCCGAUUCCCGGAGUCGGCCAUCGACAAGAUCAAAUCGGAUGUCAACUCUAAUCUAUCCGACGGCUGCAAGCCUUUCUCAACCUUCCAGUCGCUGGGAAUCCACUUAUGGCGCGCCGUCACACGAGCGCGCAACCUGAAGCCGGAGGACUACACGGUGUUCACCGUGUUCGUCGAUUGCCGGAAAAGGGUCGAUCCACCGAUGUCGGAGGACUACUUCGGCAACUUAAUCCAGGCGGUGUUCACCGUGACAGCGACGGGGCUGUUGCUGGCGAACCCGCCGGAGUUCGGGGCUUCAAUGGUGCAGAAAGUGAUCCAGACCCACGAUGCCAAGGCGAUCGAGGGGCGAAACAAAGAGUGGGAGAGCGCACCCAAAUUGUUCCAGUAUAAAGAUGCCGGAGUGAACUGCGUGGCAGUGGGGAGCUCGCCGAGGUUUCAGGUGUACGACGUGGAUUUCGGGUGGGGGAAGCCGGAGACGGUGAGGAGUGGAUCAAAUAACAAGUUUGAUGGGAUGGUGUACUUGUAUCAGGGGAAGAAAGGAGGGAGGAGUAUCGACGUGGAGAUAAGUUUAGAGGCUCAGGCCAUGGAGAACCUGGAGGAAGAUAAGGAGUUUCUUUUGGAGGUUCAGUGAUUGAUGGGAAAGGGAAACUCUACAAUCUCCAUAUCUAUAUAUAUAUAUAUAUAUAUAUAUAUAUAUAUAUAUAUAUUAUAUAAAAGGAAAUAUUGAGUGGAUAUGGAUGUUGGUUUUAUUUUGGUUCGUUGUAAGAAGUUCUCGUUCCCUAUAUUUAUUUAGCUUUGUCUUUCUGGUGGACAUAUGUAGCACUCACUCUCACUCUGGAGAGUUCAACUUCAGUCACUGAGUUAAAAUGGUAUAGCCUAUUAUGAAUGAAGUUAAAUAGAGCCAUUCUGCGUUUGCCUUUUGCCUUA